AUGAGAAGUCUAUCUUGCUUUAUUCUCCUCGGGCUACUCCUAGAAACCUCCUAUGCCGCAACGAAGCCGCGACUAGGAACCCCAUACACACUGAAAAAGCCCGAGUGCGAUUGCUACGAGGUCUCCGGGCCAGAGCCAGGUAAUUUCGAACAUUACCGGUUCUAUGAUUUUCGUUCGAUACCCUUAAACGAUACCGACAAAUCCAAUAACCGUGGCCAAAUAAAAGAUGGAGAGGAUGAGAUGGAAGGAAGCAAACUUAUUGGUCACCAUCCAAGCUUACAUGGCCAUCCGUUUGUAAAGGAAUGGAAUAUUCAAAACUGGAAGCGCCCUAGCUCUGAGAAAUAUCCAAUUGGCACUGUUAACUCCUUUAAUAACAUUUAUGCUACUAAAAAUAUCGAAGGCGACUCCGAGAAUUCAACCCAUUUGGUGCUUCGCUUAACUAGAUUUGAAGACUACACUUCGACUGCAGAAGUCCAGACAUCAGUCGAGAAUGUUUUAUACUGUUCUUUUCGCGUGCGAAUGCGACUUUAUUCAAUAUCAAAAGAUGGCUCAAAUACGAUAGUUCCUCCCCCUCCUGGUGCUGUUGCCGGAAUGUUUGUUUACCAUUCCGAAGUGAGUGAAUCCGACAUCGAAAUCCUCACCAACGACCCUCCAAAUCGUGUUCAUUAUGCGAACCAACCAGAUUGGGAUCCAAUUACUGACCAAAUGAUUCCCGGUGCGAGUGACGAGGUUGACCAUGAUAUUCCUUGGACGGAGUGGGCUGAUCAUCGUCUAGAUUGGUUUCCAGACAAGAGUCGGUGGUAUUUGAAUGAUGAGCUCGUUCUUGAAAAGGAGUACGGAGUCCCAGAUGCGCCAAGUGUACUGGUGUUAAAUUUAUGGAGCAAUGGUGGUUUUUGGUCAGGCAACGUUUCAGUUGGCCAAACAGUGAAGAUGGGAAUCGAAUGGAUACAGCUUGCGUAUAAUACGUCCAACUCCAUUUCUAGUGCAAAUCUUCUUCGUCAUAAUACUACUGGAGACUCUCUGGUAGAGAUCGCCGACUCAGGCCCGCAGAAAAGUCGAAGCGGCCUACCCAUAAAGAUGAAGGUCAAAACACAAGUGCUAAGGUCGGAUAGCAAGAAAACUGACGGUUAUUACCACAAAAAGAGAUGUGCCGUUACUUGUCAAAUCGAUGAUGUUGGAGCCAUUGAUGUCCCAGAGGUUGUUUGA